AUGGCUCCGCUCCCUCCGAAUGAGGCUGAGGUGGACAGCCAUACUUCGGACUUGGCCAGCCAGGACUCUCCACUGCGCCGACAAUUCUCCGAGCCCAUACAUGCGCGCUCAACCUCGACUCAGGCAUCACCAUCGCCAUCUCCCAUGACACACCGUUGCAAAUGCUCCUGGUGUGGCAAGUACUUUGAAUCUGCUAAUGGCACCGAGUCUAGCGAGGCUUUGAAGACUCAUAUCGCUUCCAGCGAGGCCGAAGACGACGAGCAUGAUGCUGAAGUGACCGAAAAUGGCGUCGCAACGGAUUCGUAUCACGACAAAGACCCAAGCCUCGAUGGCGAUGACCUGGAGGCGGACGGGCCCGAAGCCGACGCGCUUUCGAAUCAGUUGCAUGAAUUCUCGCGCGACCAGGAUCCCAUCUCGUUGGAUCAACGUCUCCACAAUCUGUGGAACGUGCAUGACAUUCGCAACUUCUCGAGCGACUAUGACGAGAAGGCGACCAGCCUGGAUCACUCCUGGGCCACGGUCCUCCAGGACCCGAAGCGCGCGAAGAAGCGCGAGACCGCUGAAUUUGCGGAACGCCCCGAGCCGUAUCGGAAGCCCAAAGCGGCCAAAGGGGAGUUUCUCGAAAUCACGGCCCUGGAGGACUUUCUGGUCCAGCUGCGGGACCCGGAGCAUCGGUCGACGGAAGAAUUGUAUGCCAUUACGGAAAACGUCGCCUAUGCCUUGAAAGCCUGGCAGGAUGAGUACCUUGCGAUUGAAAAGCUGCACAAGGUGGCGACUCGGCACAACGCCAAACCCACCAGUGACCCCCGGAAGCUGCUCCGCCCGCAAGUGUUCGAGGACAAAAAGGAGGCCAUGUUGUAUGGGUACAAGUACGAGGCCAAGGAGGACAAGGUGGGCAACCAGAACCCGUUCACGCAGGGCGGGUUCAAACCGACGCCGGCCCAAUUUCGAAAGAUGACGGCCAAGAUCGGGGCCAACCACCCCAACCCGGAUGGCUGGCGGAUGAUCGUGCGGUUCGGGGUCGAACACGUGCCCAAGUUCCAGAACCCGCCGCGCGAAGAGUUUGUCGGCAAGGCGACGCGCAAGCGCAAGGCCGCGGAGCUGGAGGCCGCCAACCGGGAGAUGGCCGCCUCGGGUUCGGAUGAAGCUACCCUCGAUACCCCGACGCAGACCGAUGUCGAAGAGUAUGGCGCCCGUCGGCGCACGCGCGGCCGUCGCCCAGGCACCGACGACGACGGCUUGGGGCCAAUUCCCACCCGGGGCGGGCUGCGCGGUCGUGGGAGUGGCCGGGGCCGCGGGCGCGGCGGUGCACGCGUUGGGGCUAUCCUCUCGUCGACCGAGCCGUCCCAGCCGUUGGCUGCGGUGACUUCGGCCGCCCGGCCAUCCUCCGGACGGGUUGAAAACGCCCCCAGCCUGCAGGCCCGGCCUGCCAGCCAGCUGCCACCAAUCGAGCCGGCGCCCCCCGCGAGUGUACCUCCCGCCGACUCUCCGGCCGGCGCACCGAGUGAGGGGCUGGACCCGGCGGAGCAGGCUCGCCGCCAGAAGAUUGCCAACUCCAAGAACCCGAAGCGCACGGAGGCCAUGCUCAACCACUGGGCGCGGUUCAACCGGGAGGGUCGGGUGCGCAAUCCCAAGCGGUCCAAGGCGCAGAUUGAAGCUGACCGCGCGGCAGAGGCGGCCAGGAAAGCGACGGAGCCUCCCAAGCCGGGCAAGAUCAAGAAGAAGCCGGAGGGCGGGGUGUAUGAGCCGGGCAGACCCAACGCGGGGAUCGCCCCGGCGCCCAUGCCGGCGACGCCGCUGGCCCCGGGUCCGGCGCAUCACCAGCUGGCCCCGAUUGCGGCUCCCCGGCCUUCCCUGACGCCAUAUGCCCCGAUCGAUCCUCGCACGGUGGCACCGUUUCCCGGACCGCAUGGACUGCUACAGCAAGCACCGCUUCAGCCAUACCGCACACCGUAUCCGGAAUACUACAGUCCCUACGGGGCGCCUACCGGACUACCACCGCCGCAUGCGCGGCCGCGUGAGAUCUAA